AUGUCCUCGAGCCGUUCCGUUGCACGCGCAGCCAGGCCGCUGCUCCAGCACUCUUCCUCGGCGCCCCGCUUGAGGUCGGCCACUCCUUCGACCUCGGCCAUUGCUGGUUCUUCUAGCCCGCUCGCCUCGUCGUCGGCCGCCUCGUCGUCGGCCGCCUCGUCCUCGUCCUCAUCCUCCUCCUCUGCCUCGUCGUCGGCGCUCCACACCUCGUCCCACCGCGCUGCAUCACCAGCCGCCGUGGCGUCGACGGCCGUCGCGGGGGGCGCAUCCUCGUCGCCCCUGGACCGCCACGCCCCCGCCUCGCACCUGCCCCAGCUCGCUCGCAAGGACGCCGCCCUCUACGCCGCGCUCCGGCCACCACCCCUCUCGGCCGUCGCCGCCCUCGCCGCGCGCCUCAACCUCCUCCCCGCAUCACUCGACGCACCCACCCGCUCCCGCCGCAUUCAGCUCGUCUACCAGGCCUGCACCCACCCUUCUUUCCAGGAGCUCGUCAAAAAGGCCGCAGAACAGGGCGGCCUCCAUCUCGAGGUCAGCGGAGCCGGCCUCGUCCGGAAAUCCCCAGAGGCCAACCCGCUCGACUCGCUCCAGUACCUGCCGCAGCAGAUCGCCUCGCCCGACGCCGACGCACCCGCCGCCGCCGAUGCCGGCCUCGCCAACCGCGCCCUCUCGACCGUCGGCAACUCGCUUCUCGGCAUGAUGGCCUCCGAGUACCUCCACCUCCGCUACCCCAACCUCCCCACCCGCGUGCUCAAGGCCGCCGUCGCAGCCUACGUCGGCCCCAGCACCCUCGCAGACGUCGCCGGCGAGAUCGGCCUCGGCGGGCAGGGCAUCCUCCGGUGGAACAGGCAGGCGCGCGUCCCCACCCGCUCAGCGCCCGCACCCACAAAGGGCGACAUCGCCGCCAAGAGCGCGCCCAGCAGGACAAGAGGUCUGCUCAGCAGGGACGUCUCGGCCGACGCCAUGCGUGCGCUCGUCGCCGUCAUCUUCCAGGAGCUCGGCCUGUCUGCGGCGCGCCACUUUAUCACGACGCACUUCCUCUCGCGCAACCUGGACCUGGCGUCGCUGCUCAAGUUUGCCGACCCAAAACGCGCCCUGUCAGCGACGUGCGCCAAGCACGGCCGCGAGGCGCCCCAGUCGCGCCUGAUUGCCGAGUCGGGACGGCUGAGCAUCAACCCCAUUUUCGUGGUGGGCGUCUACAGCGGCAUGCAGAAGGUGGGCGAGGGGAGCGGCAGCUCGAUCCGGAUGGCAGAGUACCGCGCCGCCGAGGAUGCGCUGCGCCGCCUCUUUCUCGCCCAGACGCCCAUCGAGGACCUCAACCUGCCCUCGACGACCCUCGAUGCCGUCUACGGUCCCAAGGACGGGAGGAAGCCUUUUAUCCCGUCGUCGAUCCCCGUCUAUGAUGGCGCGGGAAAGACUUACUCGCCCCUCCCCCUUGGUGCCUGCGAGGUCCUCGAGGCGGCUGGAAAGGACCGUCAGUAG